AUGGCAUUAUCGCUAGGUAGUGGGGAGCCGGGAGGGAUUGAUAAAAAAAAUGUUAAUUUGUUGAGGGCAAAAAAUAUAUCACUCGUUUUGAAUAUUAAAAAACCGCUAUUGGAGCGCAUAGCCCGGUGCACUGGCAGCCAGAUAGUUCCUUCAAUUGAUCAUCUGACAUCCCCAAAAUUAGGAUAUUGUGACAGAUUCCAUGUUGAGAAGUUUGUGGAAGAGCAUGGCUCUUCUUGUCAGGCUGGAAAAAAGCUGGUAAAGACACUGAUGUAUUUUGAAGGUUGUCCAAAACCACUAGGCUGCACGAUACUCCUACGAGGUGCCAAUGGUGAUGACUUGAAGAAAGUGAAGCAUGUUGUGCAAUAUGGAAUUUUUGCGGCUUAUCACCUGGCCUUGGAGACAUCUUUUCUAGCUGAUGAAGGUGCCUCUCUGCCAGAACUUCCUGUAAAUGCUCCAAUCACUGUGGCACUUCCAGAUAAGCCUUCAAAGAUUGACAGGUCCAUCUCUACUAUACCUGGUUUUACGGUCCCAGAGAAUGAGAAAACUCCUGGGCCUCAAACUGUUGAUGAACCACUUAGGUCGGUCAGUGUGCCUAGUUCAGAACUCAUUAAACUUUCGACUCCAUCCACUCCUGUAAAUGAAUAUGCAAAGACGCCUGACCUUUCUGCUAUUAUGAGCUCUCACUACACUGACCCGCCAUCAUUUUCUACCGAAGGCUUUCAGCACUCAUUGAAUGACCACUCACCUUGGCAUGGAUCAGAAGAAACAGGCUUCGAAGAGUUCUUUUGGUCUCCCGAAGCAAAUAUUUUAGAUGCAGAGAGAUUAACUGCUACCGGAGAUUGCCAUAUCAGUAGUGAUUUUGGGGAUUCAGACGUCAAAAUCUUGCAAGGCGAUCUCUUUAACAAUGACCAUAACCAUAAUAGGAGUGUUUCACUUCCACCAUCUUUUGAAGUUAAUGGAGAACAAAUUCUUGAGGAACAACCUACACUAAAUGAAGACUUCCAGCCUACUCCUUCAGACCAUCAGAGUAUCUUGGUUUCGUUAUCAUCACGAUGUGUGUGGAAGGGAACUGUCUGUGAAAGAUCCCAUCUUUUCCGAAUCAAAUACUACGGGAACUUUGACAAGCCUUUGGGUCGUUUCCUACGAGAUCAUUUGUUUGAUCAGAAUUAUAGUUGCCGCUCAUGUGAGAUGCCUGCAGAAGCCCAUGUUCAAUGCUAUACUCAUCGACAAGGUACCCUUACAAUCUCAGUUAAGAAACUGGCAGAAAUUCUUUUACCUGGUGAGAAGGAUGGAAAGAUUUGGAUGUGGCACCGCUGCCUGAAGUGCCCCAGAGCUAAUGGCUUCCCUCCUGCAACUCGAAGAGUUGUAAUGUCUGAUGCUGCCUGGGGACUGUCCUUUGGAAAGUUUUUGGAGCUUAGCUUUUCAAAUCAUGCUGCUGCUAGCAGAGUGGCAAGUUGUGGGCAUUCUUUACAUAGAGAUUGUCUUCGGUUCUAUGGAUUUGGUAACAUGGUUGCUUGCUUUCGUUAUGCAUCAAUUGAUGUUCACUCAGUAUACUUGCCACCUUCAAAGCUUGAGUUCAAUUAUGAAAGUCAGGAGUGGAUACAGAGAGAAGUGAAUGAGGUGGCUUCUCAGGCCGAGCUUUUGUUCUCCGAAGUGCUUAAUGCUCUGCGUCAUCUGGUAGAAGGAAAAUCUUGCUCAAGUAUGCUCAGUAAUGGCAUAAAUGUUCCUCAAUCAGCACAUCACCUAGCAGAUCUUGAAGUGACAUUGCAUGAAGAAAAAAUUGAAUUCGAGGGGUAUCUUCGGAAUAUUGUGAACAAGGAACCAAAGAAAGGACAACCAGCCAUUGACAUUCUUGAGAUCAAUAGACUCCGAAGGCAACUUGUAUUUCGGUGUUAUGUUUGGGACCACCGCCUGAUAUAUGCAGAUAGUUUAGAUAACAAGACGCUACAAGAUGAUGUGGAGGUUAGGAAUCCAGAAACUGUUCAGAAACAUGCUGUUAAUGAGAAUCUUUUGGAAGUAGCAGUCCCAGUUAAAACAGGCAAAGCCAUAGGUGGUUCUGGUUCUGUCUCUGCAAAUUCAAAAACUGCGAAAGUCCGUCACAGGCAUGGUCUAAGUGAUCAACAAGGAAAUCAUCAUGUUUUGGCACUCCAUCAAAGAACUACUUCAUUUUUUGUCAGUGAUUUUGCUGGAACGAAAACCAGAGAUGAAUCUAAUAUUGUGCAAUCUGAUCGUUGUCUUCGGAGAUCCCUGUCUGAUGGGCAAGUUCCCUUUAGUUUGACAGAGUCUCUGGAUGCAGCAUGGACUGGCGAAAAUAAUCUAGGUUUCGGGAUCACCAAGAACAAUAAUUUAUCUGAUGAUGAUAAGUCACCCACUGCGGGACUUUCAGAAAAGCUGGACCAAGAAAACCAUGGAGAGGAUCUGCCAUCCACUGAAUUUUCCAAAAAUUCUAAUAAUACAGAGGAAACUGUAAGCUGGUUGGGGAUGCCAUUUAUGAGUUUCUAUAGAUCAUUGAUCCCGGGGAGUUCGCAUAAACUGGAUACACUAAGUGAUUAUGCUCCUGUGUACAUUUCAUCAUAUCUGGGAUCUGAGCUCCAAAGUGGGGCCAGGUUGCUCCUGCCUGUUGGAGUUAAUGACAUUGUUGUUCCAUUGUAUGAUGACGAACCUACCAGUAUUAUAUCUUAUGUUCUGCUUUCAGAUGAUUAUGCUCAUCAACUAUCUAAUGAGGCAGAGAGACAAAGGGACGGUGUUGACUCUCUGCUUCCUACGCAGUCCCUCGACUCUCUGAAUCUCCCCCAGUCUCACUCUUUCCAUGAAAUGAUGUUGGAAUCUUCAAAAAGUUUUGGCCCAAACGAUGAGACAUUUCUAUCCCUCACAACUUCUCGAAGUUCCUUGCCCUUUCCCUUGGAUCCUCUCUUACACACGAAAGCGUCACAUGCCAGGGUGUCUUUCGAGGUUGAUGGACCCCUUGGACAGGUAAAAUACACUGUCACUUGUUACUUUGCAAAGCGUUUUGACGCCUUGAGGAGGAUGUGUUGUCCAUCUGAAGUUGAUUUCAUUAGAUCUCUUAGCCGUUGUAAGAAGUGGGGUGCUCAAGGUGGUAAGAGCAAUGUCUUUUUUGCAAAGACUUUGGAUGAUCGAUUCAUCAUUAAGCAAGUGACUAAGACAGAGCUGGAAUCGUUCAUUAAAUUUGCACCUGGAUAUUUUAAAUAUCUCUCUGAAUCAAUUGCCUCUGGAAGUCCAACGUGCCUUGCUAAGAUUCUUGGAAUCUAUCAGGUUGGAUCCAGACUAGAGAAAGGAGGGAAGGAAUCAAAAAUGGACUUUCUUGUUAUGGAGAACCUCCUUUUCGGGAGAAAUCUGUCUCGACUUUAUGAUCUUAAAGGGUCCUCCAGGUCACGGUAUAAUCCCGAUACUUCUGGGAGCAACAAGGUUUUAUUGGAUCAGAACUUGAUUGAAGCAAUGCCCACUUCUCCAAUAUUUGUUGGAAACAAAGCCAAGAGAAUAUUGGAAAGAGCAGUCUGGAAUGAUACUGCUUUUCUUGCUUCUGUAGAUGUUAUGGAUUACUCACUACUGGUUGGGGUGGAUGAAGAGAAGAACGAGCUUGUUCUUGGUAUCAUCGACUUCAUGAGACAGUACACGUGGGACAAGCAUCUCGAGACUUACCGAAUUUCGGUAUACCGUACUUUCACGGUAUACUGUACUUUAACGGUAUACCAAAAUAAUCGGUAUUAUCAAAAAAUCAACUUCUCAUGA